GUCCUAGCCGUUUUUCCUGGUUUCUCCCGCCCCCGAAGCCAUCGUUUUCCAUCGCAGGAUCCCUUCCGGGCAUGGUGAUUUCAGGGACAAUGGAUCUUCUGUUCCGAAUAAGAGGAGGCCUGGACCUGGCGUUUCAGCUAGCCACUACUAAUGACCUUUCUACCAAGAAGGCGUUAAAGUACGUGCUGAGCGACCUGGCGGCCAAGCUGUCUUCCGACGCCCUGGUGUUCGGGGUCGGCCGCGGGGCGGCCUACUUUUGGCCCAACAGUGGUGCCAGCACAGUCCAGGCCGCGCUGACGGACCAGUCCCCCUGCAGAGACGUCCUGCCCUUUACCCAGCCUGAUCAGGAAGAGGAGUCGAAACAAAAGGCUUCCAGAAAGAAAGAUAAAAAGUCACAAGACCAGCAGCAGCACAUAGUAAAUAUAGACCUCAUGCUGGCCAUGUCCACGUCCCGGCCCGCGGUAGCCCCGGUCAUCGAGAGAGAAAGCGGCGGGCAUCACUACGUCACCAUGACUCUGCCCAUCGACGUGGUUGCAUUUGUUGCUCCCGAAGAGCCUUGGGGCAGGGCUCGGAUUCUCUUGGUCGGUGCAAUCCACCGCCAGCUCACCGACCUGGAGAGCUGCAUCUGGAAGUACAUGAAGGGCUCCUCCAUCAUCGUCCCAGAGCCCCUGCACUUCAUGCUGCCGGGAGAGAAGGGUCUGCAAACUGUCGCCUAUCCCUCAGGAAUCCCGGACAGUGAGCUGGGCGCCUACCGGGAGGAGUUGCACGACCGCUUCCAGCUGCCGCGUGACAGGCCGUACUUCCGCCGGUCCAACGCGUACCACUUCCCCGACGAGCCUCCCGGGGACGGCUACAUUCGGAAUCCGCACGCCCACCUCAACCCUCUCGGCCCGGAGUGCGGCACGGUGUGCACCGUCCAGGGGACCUACAGCUAUCACCACUACAUGCAGGACCGGGUCGACGAUAGCGGCUGGGGCUGCGCCUACCGGUCUCUACAGACGGUCUGCUCGUGGUUCAGGCACCAGGGCUACACCGACCGGCCCAUCCCCUCCCACAGGGAGAUUCAGCAGGCGCUUGUGGAUGCGGGGGACAAGCCAGCCGUGUUCGUGGGGUCCCGGCAGUGGAUUGGCUCCAUAGAAGUGCAGCUGGUACUGGACCAGUGGCUGGGAGUCACGUCCAAAAUCCUCUUUGUCAGCCGUGGUUCCGAGCUGGCGGCUAAAGGAAGAGACCUCGCUCACCAUUUCCAGAGCCAAGGGAGCCCUGUGAUGAUCGGCGGAGGGGUUCUGGCUCACACGAUCCUCGGCGUGGCGUGGAAUGAGACCACCGGGCAGAUCAGGUUUCUCGUUCUAGACCCGCACUACCCAGGAGCGGAGGAUCUGUCAGCCGUCGUCGAAAAGGGCUGGUGUGGCUGGAAGGGCCCCGAGUUCUGGAACCAGGACGCUUACUAUAAUCUCUGCCUUCCCCAGCGGCCCGAGGUCAUUUGAAGGAGAAGGCAGGGCCAUCCUUGUAACGUAUACAAAAUCAUCUUUAAUAAAGAUGGAGCUUUAUUUCACACUCUA